UCUUGUCUCUUCCACCUGCUUUAUCCUGUUUAGGGUUUAACUCAAGGUUUUACACAUCUCCUCAUUUGUAAUAAAUCUCUAGUAAUUUAGAAAAUUUCGAAAAAUAUAUAUUCAAAUUUGAAACUACAAUUACAGGAAACUGUUGGUGUUUAUGGUUGCUGUUGGGUCUAAAGCUUUAAUUUUAUCAACAAGACUCAGAAACUGUAAUUUGGUUGAAGAUAGUACAAUGGGUGGAGAUGAUUAUAAGCAUGGUAGAAAGAAAAAAGAUAUGGGUAGGAAGAAUAAUAAACAAAGCUUUGGUUUUGAUGGGGAUGAUUCUAACAAAAGUGGGUACUCGUCGGGACGAGUAGCUGAUGGAAGACCAAGAAAGUCAUCCAAGUAUCAAGGUGAAUCCGAAUCAAUGCCGGCGGUUAUCAGGCAGCAGGUUGAUCCUGAAACGAUGAAAUACUUUUCGGAGAUUGCGAAUCUAUUUGAAAGUAAUGGAGCUGACUUGGAGGAGCGAUCAGCUAUUUGCAGUAAUGCCCUUGAAGAAGCUGUAGGGAAAGAAUUCGAACUUGCGACUGAUUAUAUUAUAAGCCAUACUAUGCAAAGUCUGCUUGAGGGAUGUGAUGUGGAUCAUCUUUGUAGUUUCCUCCGGAGCUGUGCAAACAAGUUUCCUUUAAUUGCAAUGGAUAGGUCUGGUUCGCAUGUUGCUGAAACUGCUCUAAGGUCUUUAGCUUUACAUCUUGAGGACAAUGACGCUUAUUCUGUUAUUGAAGAGACUCUAACUGCGAUAUGCAAGGCGAUUCUUGCCAGUCCUGUUGAUAUGAUGUGUAAUUGUCAUGGCUCUCACGUGCUUCGAAGUCUUCUAUGUCUUUGUGGAGGCGUGCCAUUGGAUUCACGAGAAUUUCAUGGAGCAAAGCCCUCAACAGCUCUGGCCGUGCGGCUGAACCUCAAGGAAACCCACGCUGAUGGAAAUGACAGCCGUCAGCUAGGAUUUCCUAAUUUAUUGAAGUUCCUUGUAUCUGAAAUGUUGAAAUGUUCCAGCGAAGACAUUCAAACUCUGCAAGUUGAUCAAUACAGUAGUUUGGUUUUGCAGGCAUUUUUGAAGUUAUUAGAUCGGGAAGGUCAAGAGUUAGUGCAAAUGAUAUCAACUUUACUUGGAUCCACAGAAAAAAAUUUAGCAGAGGGGAGCUUCAUAGAUUGGACAUCAGCGGGUGAAAUUCUAGAAUUGAUGAAAGAAACUGCUUACAGCCAUUUAAUGGAGGUAGUCUUGGAAGUUUCUCCCGAAGGCUUGUAUGAUGAGAUGUUUACCAAAAUUUUCAGGAGUUCAUUAUUUGAGCUUUCUUCCCAUCGUUGCAGCAACUUUGUCAUUCAAGCAUUGGUUUCUCAUGCAAGAAACAAAGAACAAAUGGAAUCGAUCUGGGAGGAACUUGGUCCAAAAUUUAAAGAUCUUCUUGAAAUGGGGAUGUCAGGAGUUAUUGCAUCACUUAUUGCAGCAUGUCAAAGGCAUAAUACCCUCGAACAUCAGUGCUGCCAGGCCCUUGCUGCUGCUGUCUGCUUACCAAGUGACUCUCCAAAAGGGAUUGUUCCACACAUACUAUUUCUUGAAAGUUACUUUGCCUUAGGCGACAAGUCCAGCUGGAACUGGCCGAAUGGUAUUAAGAUGCAUGUUAUGGGAUCUCUGAUUCUUCAGACACUGUUCAGAUUUCAAAGUAAACCAAUUCAGCCUUUCAUCACCAGCCUUACUUCCAUGGAAGUGGACCAUGUUCUUCAUACUGCAAAAGAUGCAGCGGGAGCACGUGCUAUUGAAGCUUUUCUUGGAUCAAAUGCUUCCUCAAAAAAAAAACUUAAAUUAAUUGCAAAGCUACAAGGACAUUUUGGAGAGCUUGCAUUGCACUCAUCUGGCUCUUAUACAAUUGAAAAGUGCUUUGCUGCCAGUAGUUUAUCCCUAAGGGAGGCCAUAGCAUCGGACUUGUUAGCAGUACAAAAUGAACUAUACAAGACGAAGCAAGGCCCUUAUCUCUUAAGGAAAUUAGAAAUUGACAGAUUUGCUUACCGGCCUGAACAGUGGAAGUUCAACCAAGCAUCAAAACAAUCAACAUAUGACAAAUUUUCUGCCUCAUUUGGAUCAAGUGAGACCAAGCCAUCAAAAAUUGACUCCUUCCUCUCAGAUACUUCUAAGACUACAUCAAAUACUUCCAAGAUUACAUCAAAUCCCAAAGACGUGAAGACAAUGCAGAAAGAGAUUGAUAAUUAUAUGUCCUCAAAUAAAUAUUCCAAAAAGGGUCAUACGGGUUCUGAGGCCGCUGGAACAUUUACAAAAGCUAAGGAAAGCAUAAACCAGGUACCAUUCCUAUCUGGUAAUAUGCAGGGCAAGAAACGACAUGCAAAAGAUAAACCGACAAAAUCUUCAAAGAAGUCGAGAGUAUGAUUGUGUGCAUUCUCUGAUAUUUACUUUCAACUUCAUAGUACCUCAUUCGUUCUUUUGAGAACAUAACUAACGAGAAUUUAAAUUUUGUUGUUAAGUGUAGUUGCGUAGCAAAUAGUUUCUUUCUAUUUAUUUUUAUCUUGCUCUGUGAUUAUGAAUUGAAAAUUUUGAUGA